GCACAAACCGACUCGAAUUCUUCACACCGAAUCCUAGCUAAACAGCAAGGACCCUCAACAAACUUCCCACCCCUCCGAUAAACAAAGAAGGAAAAAAAAAAGGAGCCACGUUUCCCACCAACAAUCCUUUGCGGUCUCUACACACAAAUCAGUCACAAUGGGCGCUGUCGAACUCACCUACCAGGAUGUUGCUGAGCACAACACCAAGAAGGACAUCUACAUGGUGAUCCACGACAAGAUCUACGACUGCACCAAGUUCGUCGACGAGCACCCCGGUGGCGAGGAGGUUAUUCUUGACGUCGGUGGUCAGGAUGCCACCGAGGCGUUCGAGGAUGUCGGACACAGCGACGAGGCCCGCGAGACCCUGGACCAAUUGUACCUCGGCGACCUGAAGCGCCAGCUCGGAGACCCUGCCCCCAAGGAGCAGGUCGCCGCCGCCAGCUCAUCUUCCAGCACCGAGAGCCCCGGCUUCGGCAUCGGCCUGUACGCCGUCCUCCUCGUCGGCGGUGUCCUCGCAUACGUCGCCUACAACUACCAGCAGCAGCAACAGCAGCAGUCCGCAUAAGAUCCAAG